AGCCAUGAUGCGGCCAACACACCUCAGUACGGUAUAGGCCCAGUGAUUGUGAACAUUGCCAGGAGUGAGCUUCAGCGAACGUAGCAGCUGAGGAAGAAACAGCAGCAACAAGAAACUCGACGCGCGUCGCUCAGCCUGUGAUGAUGCAAACGCUUGUAGAGAUUACGAUUGUGGUGCUAUUACUUCUGCAAACACUAUCGGGUGCUAGUGCCGUUCCGGAAGAGGCGCUUCUUCUUCCUGUGGGCGAAAGAGUGAGCCGAAAUGUGGUUUGUGAGAAGGUUGGACGUAUCCCGGACUAUGAGAGUACCGACUGCAAGACGUACUAUGUGUGCACACCGAACACGCAAGGCGUACUGAUAUCCAUCCUGUCUCAGUGUCCAACGUCCACGUUGUUCUCGUUCGAGCAGCUAAAGUGCGUCUCGUCGGCGGAAUACAGCUGCCCGAUAACGACCAUCGAAGUGGAGCAGACUACAACGACGAUACCGUCUUCGACGACGACAACGACAACGACGACGAAAACACCUGAGCCUGCUUUCAUCUGUCCGGCAGCAGGUCGUUUUGCAAAUCCGCAAUCGUUCGAUUGCGGUUCGUACUAUCUGUGCACACGGAAUACCGACGGAUCGCUGAUCGCGGUGGUAGUUACCUGCCCCGGAACGAGCGUAUUUGAUCCGGACCUGGCAUCGUGCGUACUGGCGCCCCAUUUUUGUGCCCAGACAACGGUGCCUACGACGGAGGCGACAACCGUGACGCCUGGUAGUACGGUGAGCGACGGAUUUGUGUGUCCGGAUGAGGGACGAUAUGCAGACACCGAAUCUUCCGAUUGCAGCAGAUACUAUCUGUGUUUGAAGUCCGGCGGUACUAUCGUACCUAACCCAGCCGUAUGCCCGCUGUCGACUAUCUUCUCUCCGAUAGUGUCACAAUGUGUUGACAAAUCGACGUACGUAUGCUCCAAGCAGACACCGGCACCAACAACCACGCCGACAAUUCCAACUACUACAACGUCCAAACCGGAAGUUACGACUGAAGUCACUACUCCGCCAACUGAGCCGCAAACCAUUACGGUAGUAAUUCCAACAACUCCAACACCCAGACCGGUAACUACGACGGCAGCACCUACGCAGCCAACCAUCCCGAUAGAGACUCCAACAACUACAACUUCUAGACCGGAAGUUACGACUGAAGUCACUACUCCGCCAACUGAGCCACAAACGAUCACGGUAGUGAUUCCAACAACUCCAACACCCAGACCGGUAACUACGACUGCAGCACCUACGCAACCAACCAUUCCGAUAGAGAUUCCAACUACUACAACGUCCAAACCGGAAGUUACGACUGAAGUCACUACUCCGCUAACUGAGCCACAAACCAUUACGGUAGUAAUUCCAACAACUCCAACUCCCAGACCGGUAACUACGACAGAAGUACCUACGCAACCAACCAUUCCGAUAGAGAUUCCAACAACUACAACUUCUAGACCGGUAGUUACGACCGAAGGCACUACUCCGCCAACUGAACCGCAAACCAUUACGGUAGUAAUUCCAACAACUCCAACACCCAGACCGGUAACUACGACAGAAGUACCUACGCAACCAACCAUUCCGAUAGAGAUUCCAACAACUACAACUUCUAGACCGGAAGUUACGACUGAAGUCACUACUCCGCCAACUGAACCGCAAACCAUUACGGUAGUGAUUCCAACAACUCCAACUCCCAGACCGGUAACUACGACAGAAGUACCUACGCAACCAACCAUUCCGAUAGAGAUUCCAACAACUACAACUUCUAGACCGGUAGUUACGACCGAAGGCACUACUCCGCCAACUGAACCGCAAACCAUUACGGUAGUAAUUCCAACAACUCCAACACCCAGACCGGUAACUACGACAGAAGUGACUACGCAACCAACCAUUCCGAUAGAGAUUCCAACAACUACAACGUCCAAACCGGAAGUUACGACUGAAGUCACUACUCCGCCAACUGAACCGCAAACCAUUACGGUAGUGAUUCCAACAACUCCAACACCCAGACCGGUAACUACGACAGAAGUACCUACCCAACCAACCAUUCCGAUAGAGAUUCCAACAACUACAACUUCUAGACCGGAAGUUACGACCGAAGUGACUACUCUGUCAACUGAGUCACAGACUAUUACGGUAGUGAUUCCAACAACUACAACUGCUACUGAAGUCACUACAACGACAGAAGGAGAAGUGACCAGCACGACUAGUGUCGACGUGACGACAUCUGAAAUCGAUACAACGCCUGAGACGACAUCUGCGUCGACCGUCGAAGCUACUUCCCCGGAAACGACGACCACGGAUGCCGCAACCACCGAGAUUACAGAACAACCGACAGAAACUGAGCCAACAUUGACGACUGCAGCUUCUAGUGAAACAACUGUUACAGAUACCUUUGAAACUACUACGGAGUUCCCAAAUUCUACAACUGAGCAAACAGAAGAAGUUACAUCUACGGAUACUCCAGCAACCACCGACGUAGAAUCGACGACUGAGUCGGAGACAACUUCUGAGGAGCCGACUACAACCACAGAACCUGCCAACACCGUUCCGUCUACGACGACGGACGCAUCACCAGACAGCUUCAUCUGUCCAGCCGAAGGCAGAUAUCCCGAUCCGAACGCAAUAGCGUGUGAGUCGUACAUCCUCUGCAUCAUCAACACGCUUGGGGCGCUGUCACCACUAACGUUCCAGUGCCCUCCGACCACAAUCUUCUCGCUCCUAAUGAAGAUGUGCGUACCGGCCACCACAUACAACUGUGGCACGACGCCAACCGAUUCAACACCACCUGCCGCUACGUCGACUGUGCCAACUACGACGGAAUCGGGAACAUUUGUAACACCGAAACCGUUUGUCUGCCCAGCACCGGGCCGGUAUAUCGAUCCGGAGUCAAUCUACUGCAAAUCCUACUACCUGUGUUUCUACAAUGCUUUCGGUGUUCUCGAUGCGGUCGAGCUAAGUUGCCCAGCAGGGUCCAUCUUUGCCAGCGAGGUCGCUAGAUGUGAACCGGAAACCGAAUAUAAGUGUGUAACUAGCCCAACUACCACUACCACCGAGACUUCUAUUUCGGUAACCACCAUCACGACUACGACAACUGUGACUCCUAGUCCGACUACGACCAAGGGACCGUUCCAAUGUACCGAAUCGGGUAGGUUCGUUAACCCGGAUAGCACGGAUUGUACGAACUACAAGUAUUGCAUCUCCGUGGAAGGUGGCUUCGCUCAAUACACCUUCACUUGUCCUAGCGACGCGCGGUUCGAUCCCGAGGCCCGGGUCUGCUCGAAUUCUUACGUGUGUCCUAGUGAUAGGAAACCAUUCGUGUGUACCGAACCAGGUAAAUUCGUCAACCAAGACAGAAACGACUGUAAGAGCUAUAAGUACUGCAUUGCCAUGGUGGAUGGUUUCACUCAAUACACCUUCAGCUGUCCAAACGGUUCGCUGUUCGAUCCAAAUACUCGGCUCUGCUCGCCUACUUACGUAUGUCCCCUGAUGUGAUCUGUACACCUGGGACAAAUUGAGCCGCCUUUAUGUAGUUUUUCUGAGCGAUGUGUUCCUGCAAGGUGUCCAUUGGUUUCAUUGUAUUAGGCACUAUUCCUACAAUUCGGACUAUUGGAAAAGGAGAAUGUGAUUAAACUAUGGCGUCACAUCCAUCAAAGCUAAACAUAGUAUAUGACUGUAAUAUGUAAUAAAAUAACCUUGAAGCUUAUCGGUUACCCUAACCCCAUCCGUACCUCUCUAUCAAAUAAU